CUUCAUAAAUCGUACACGAUAAGAAACAUCAUCAUCUUUUCGCCUAUAAAUACCUGCUGCUGCUGCACAAUCAUGCAACUCCAUCACAUAUUUUAUAUAUACAUUAAUUACAAGAGAGAGAGAGAGAGAGAUGUCGUCUGAAGAUUAUUGCCCAGAUGUUGGUAAGAGCUCGUGGCCGGAGCUUGUGGGGGUAGCCGGAGAUGUGGCGGUGGCUACUAUCGAAAAGGAGAACCCGUCGGUGAAUGCAGUUAUAAUCACACCGGAAACAGUAUGGAUUCCGGCUAUCUUUUGUGAUAGAGUUUUGGUGUUUGUAGACGCCAAUGGCAUAGUCAAUAGCGUUCCUACCGUUGGUUAGAGGCCCCUUGCUCUUACGUGGUCAACAUAUCAUUCGGUUUCCAUCAUUCCUAUUAUAUAUUCCUUAUUUAAUAACGCUAUGCUUAAUUACCUCGUGUAAUAAAAUAAUAUGCCGAAGAAGAUAUGUAUUCCUUAUUUUAUACAUUUGAUUUGAUUAUUCCCUAA